GUUAAAUUAUCUAUAUACCCCAAAACUACCCUAGCGUCGCUGGCCUACUUCACAACGUUCUGCAGCUUCUCACACCGGCGACCCUUCUCCAAUCUCCGCUCCAGACAUCCGAUCGCCGGCGUCGGCGCCGGCUACUGACUUCUCCUUCUACGGUCUCUUAUAGAAUGUAAUUCUCAGAUACUUGGAUCGUGUGUUCAUCAUCAUCUCCAAGCCAAGGGGAGUGUUUCAAAUUCAACGAUGGAGUUCAUCUCAAUUGUUGUUAUCAUUACUACACUGCUACUUGUCCGAAUUCUUUAUGUUAUAUCUCAAGGUAGUAAACCGAUAUGUAACACUUCUUCAAAACAUUUGAGUACUCUUAUUGUUUUGGGUUCAGGGGGACACACAGCAGAAAUGAUAAAUUUAUUAUCUGUUAUGCAAAAUGAUCGAUUUGCUCCAAGAUUUUACAUUGCUGCAGUAACCGAUAACAUGAGUCUUCAAAAAGCGCGUGUUUUUGAGACCACUUUGGCUGAUAAGAUAAGUUUGCAGGUGUCAGAUUCGACCAAAUUUAUGCAAAUCUAUCGAAGCCGUGAAGUGGGACAGUCAUAUAUUACCUCAAUCGGGACAACAUUAUUUGCUUUAUGUCAUGCUUUGUGGCUCAUGCUCAAAAUCAGACCUCAAGUGAUUCUAUGCAACGGUCCCGGUACUUGUAUUCCCUUAUGUGCCAUUGCAUUUAUUUUCAAGGUUUUGGGAGUUAGAUGGUCGUAUAUUUUCUAUGUGGAAAGUAUUGCAAGAGUGAAAAGACUAUCACUCAGUGGUUUGCUUCUUUACAAAUUACACAUGGCUGAUCAGUUGUUUGUGCAAUGGCCACAAUUACAAAAACAAUAUCCUCGAGCUCGUUAUGUGGGGCGUCUUAUGUAACACAAUUUGUUUUAUAUAAGUGACUUAAUUCAUAAAGACAUUUAAGUGUAUACAGUGUUUAAAAUAGAGGUGUGUAUCACUAUAGACAUGUCUUAUUAUGAGUUUUUGUUUAUAUGUAAACUUUGUACUUUAUUUUUAGGCUAAUACAAAUACAUCGAAUACCAUGUUUGUUAA